AAAAAAAAAAUAGAGGUAAACAAAAUAACCCUGGUUCGUGUACCAUUGGAUAUGAGCAAAACUCUUACAUCAUACGUCAUUUUUACUAUACCUCGGUGGAAUCUAGGGUGGACCAGCUAAAAUAGUGGUUCACCCAUGACCCAUUAGGAAAAAAAAUCUCUCUUAAUAUCACAUCAUAUUGCAUAUCCCAUUUACUACUUUUCUCACUUCUCUCCAUAGAUUUUGUUGCUACACCAAAAAUAAAGUGGUUAAGUUCUUUACUUAAAUAAAUAAAACACAGUAAAUCUAUACUCAAAAACGAAAAUACAAGUGAGUGUGGCAUGAGGCUUCGUUUGUACUUUGUACUAUGACAUGGUAUUGUCGGGAACAACAACCUUUAAGUUUUCAACUUUGAGGAACCCAAACUCCAAAAACAUUGGAAUGAACCAAGUGAAGCAAAUCCAUGGUUACACACUAAGAACUGGCAUAGACCAAACCAAAACCCUCAUUGAGAAGCUACUUGAAAUCCCAAACCUGCAUUAUGCCCAAGCUGUGUUGCACCACUCACCCAACUCCACUGUCUUCCUCUACAACAAGCUCAUUCAAGCCUACUCCUCCCAUUCCCAACACCAACACCAAUGCUUCUCCCUUUACUCCCAAAUGCGCCUUCUUGGUCACUCACCAAACCAAUACACUUUCAACUUUCUCUUCUCUACCUGCACUUCCCUUUCCUCCCUUUCCCUCGGCCAAAUGCUCCAUGCCCACUUCAUCAAAUCAGGCUUUGCACCUGAUGUCUUUGCCGCCACCGCGUUGCUCGACAUGUAUGCGAAAGUGGGUACGUUGGAGCUCGCACGCCGGCUGUUUGAUGAAAUGCCUGUGAGAGAGGUACCCACCUGGAACGCUAUGAUGGCGGGGCAUGCGAGGUUUGGUGAUGUGGAUGGAGCGUUGGAGUUGUUCAGGUUGAUGCCUUCUAGGAAUGUGGUGUCAUGGACCACCAUGAUAUCUGGUUACUCGAAGAACAAGCAGUAUGAGAAGGCUUUGGGGUUGUUCCUGAGGAUGGAGUGUGAGGAAGAUAUUAUGCCCAAUGCAGUAACUUUGGCAAGCAUUUUGCCAGCUUGUGCAAAUCUUGGGGCACUGGAAAUUGGGCAGAGGGUUGAAGCUUAUGCGAGGAAAAAUGGGUUCUUUAAGAAUUUGUAUGUGAGCAAUGCUGUGUUGGAGAUGUAUGCAAAAUGUGGUCAUAUUGAUGUUGCUUGGCGGGUAUUUAAUGAGAUUGGUAGCUUGAGAAACCUAUGCUCUUGGAAUUCAAUGAUCAUGGGUUUGGCUGUCCAUGGAAAAUGCGGCAAGGCCCUUGAGCUUUAUGAUCAAAUGCUGAGAGAAGGAACUACACCUGAUGAUGUAACAUUCGUGGGGCUUCUCUUAGCAUGCACCCAUGGAGGCAUGGUUGAAAAAGGCAGGCAUAUCUUCAAGUCAAUGAAAACAGACUUCAACAUCAUUCCCAAACUAGAACACUAUGGCUGCAUGGUUGAUCUACUAGGCCGCGCUGGGAAGUUGAGAGAAGCUUAUGAGGUCAUACAAACUAUGCCAAUGAAACCAGACUCAGUAAUAUGGGGGACUCUAUUAGGAGCUUGCAGCUUUCAUGGUAAUGUUGAGCUGGCUGAGAUAGCAGCUGAGUCACUAUUUACACUUGAGCCUCGGAACCCGGGAAACUAUGUCAUUCUUUCCAACAUUUAUGCAUCAGCGGAUCAAUGGGACGGAGUUGCAAAGCUCAGAAAGGUGAUGAAGGGAAGCCAAAUUACAAAAUCAGCUGGACAUAGUUUCCUUGAAGAGGGAGGUCAGCUGCAUAAGUUCAUUGUGGAGGAUAGAUCACAUCCAAAAAGCAAUGAAAUUUUUGCUUUGCUUGAUGGAGUUUAUGAAAUGUUUAAGUUCAAUAGAAGUGCAUUUGAGUGCCAUUUGGAUCUUGAUUUGUGCAACUAAUCAUAGGGAGUAGGUGUAGUUUACACCAACCCCAUUUUGGCCAAGCUAAUAAGUUGGUAUAAUCAGUUUAUAAUACAACCAAGUGCAAAUGAAAAAUAUAGGAAUUUCCAUUUUUGUGCA